AUGGCAGCAAAACUCCCAAAGCACAUGCAGGAUGAAAUCUGGAUGAUUAUGCAUAUGGUGGCUGAACUUGGAGCACAUCCAGAGGCAAAGAAAUUUUCAGACAAACAGUUUUACUUUGAAUGUGAAGGAGAAGUGGACCUAGAAGAACUAGAUGACGCCAUUGAUGUGGACUGUCCAGCCGAGCGUGAUGAUAAAGAGCAUGAACUUAUUGGUGUCGCAGAAACUUUGGGAUCUGCAGCUGAUUUAUAUUAUAGAGAGCAAGCAAUUAAAGCACAAGAAACACUGGUGCAAGACAUUGUGGAUUAUAUCAGAAGUAAAGGAGAUCCCAUGAAAAUUCCGCUGCUGCCAAGUGACGAAAUAUUUCAAAUUGAUGUUAUGGCAGCCUGUACAGUCAUUUCCGGUUUAAACUGGAAGACUUCCUAG